GAAACGCUAUUUGACAGAUGUCACAUCUCAUAAACAACAAUGGCGGCGCUGGUUAGAGCUGGGUUUUUAUCGGCUAAAAAUGCCGUAUUAUCAACAACAGUUCGAUCUUUGUCUGUUACCAAAACUCUUAAUAUUAAAGAAAUACACGAAAAAAAGGAAGGUACAGCGUUGGUUGUAGAAGGAAUCCAGGCUACUUCCCCUCGCACUGAGCUGUUAGUGCGUGCUGAAAAGAUAAAGGACCUCGCUCCUGUCGUCCAGGGUGAUGUGAAGCCUCCUUGCUACAUGUGUGCCCUUGGGCUUGAUGUGAAACACACGGAUGUUCUAAUAUUGAGUCAGUUUGUGAGGUCCGACGGCUGUAUGUUGCCGCGUCGCAUUACGGGACUGUGCCGACGUCAACAGAAGAAAAUUGGGAAGAUGGUUUCUAUGGCACAGAAAGCAGGACUGAUGAUAAACCUUACUCCCUCUUACUGCAAGAAAGAUCCCACCAAGAGAUUCGGCCACAAGAAAUUUAAUACAUACUUUGAUGAAAGUACCAUUUUCAUGAAGAGAAUACCGAAACCUGUUGAUAGGUUCAAGCGAUAAUGUAUUUGUAGUUAGUUAAAUCAGUUGUACAAUAAAUAUCCCUUUAGAUUUUAC